CAACACAAGAAUAUAAAAAAACAUAUCUCAAAAUCCACGCGAAAAAAAACUCCAAUACGCGACCCUGACCUAAGCCUCGCGACGUCGCCUCUCGUAACAACAACAACAACAACGUCGCCUUCAGCUUUUUAUCUCGGUGGCUUCCGUCUCUUAUUAACAAGCUUUCUCGCCUCUAUUAACGCAAGAAUUGCCCCGAAUUCGUCCAUUAUGUACAGGGCUCGUCACCCUGAUGCUCGUGGGGCACGAGGGGUUGGUGGUCACCCUAUGCAGUAUGUUAGACGCCCUGUCAGAGAACAAGUUCGAGAGUCCAUCCCAGCAGUUGUGAUUGGGGUCAUCCUCAUUUUGGUGGGCAGUGGUGUCCUCUUCUGGAAUGAGGGGCGUGCAGUACAAACAUCUCGUAGUUUGGACGAGGGAUAUAAUGCUGUCAUAAAAGUACAGAAUUCUACCAAACUAUAUGAAGAAAAUAAUCACAAGCUUGUUUAUGUGUGGGGUCCUCUGUCUGUCUCGCCCCCACUUGCAGAUGACUACUACGGUGUUGAAAUUAGUGCCGUCAGGUUGAAGAGAAGAGUGCAGAUGUAUCAGUGGAUUGAGGAAGAAUCGUCAAUGUUAACUUUAGCUGGUUGUCCAUCACUGUCUUCUAUGUUUUGUCCUGUAACACACCCUGUGCUGCCAGUCUUAGUGAGCAGGAAUAGCAUCCUGAGCAUGAAAAUAGUGUAUUCUAUGGAGACAGCACUCCUCCAACCAUGGCAAGUUGCUGUCACCCGGCUGUCAGGCCAGAUUUUUUCAUGGCAUGACAGUUACAUCAACCUGAUCAGUUAUGUUACAUAUGUUUGUGCUCUUCCUAAACACUAUCAUUCUUCUAGGUCAAUCCCAGUGCCAGCAGUGGUACAGGUUGCAGAGACGACCAAAGUUGGUAUUUACCACCUUAGUCCUGCAGGCAAGGAUAAAUUUACAGAGUUCACACCUUUCUCUGGUGAUGAACAGCCUGAAGGAGACGAGAUCAAACUGCAUGGAGGAAUGUACUAUAUCACCCGAGACAUAUUCAAUCCUGACAUUGGAGAUUUAAGGGUCCAGUUUUACUAUGCUUGUCGGGCUGGUGAAAUGGUGAGUGUUGUGGGCCAGCAAAUAGGUGAGACUCUCCAUCCUUACCUCACAAGCAAUGGGAAUGAGCUGCUGAUUGUCCGCACAGGGAAACACACUGUGGAGGAAAUGUUCUCCUCUGAGCAUGCCCAGAAUCGCUUCCUGACCUGGAAUUUGCGGUUGGCUGGAUGGUUCUUGAUGUUCAUCGGACUCACCUGCGUCUCAAAUAUUGCCCAUUCUCUCAUAAUAUGCUCUCCUCUUCUGAGAGACGUGGUAGCACUGGGUCUAGGAUCUGCCAACUUGACUCUGAGUAUGUCCACCUCACUUGUGAUCAUUGGAGGGGCUUGGUGCAUCUACCGCCCAGGCUUGGCUUUGCUCAUCCUCGUUGUGGCCGCGCUCCCUUUCAUCCGAGCUGCUGUCAAACAUCAGUCGACAGUUGGGCAUUCCAGGAGGCCCAAUGGAUACAGGCGAAGCUCAGCAGACUAAAAAGUUUAAACUUGGAAAGCGGUUCUGGAUGUGUGAUGUUUUUUGUCUGUUGCUGUCAAAACUUAGUCUGUACUGAAAGUGCCAAAGAUUUUAACUCUAUGAGUAAAACUGUACCCUCAUGUAUUAAAUGAUUUUUAAUAUUGUAUUGGUAUGGCUGUUUUUUACUUGGGUCAUCAAUGUGAAGUGAAAGAUUUUAUGAAAUUGAUAGGCAUAAAAGAUCUCAGUAGGGUCUAAAGUGUUUAAUUCUCUCUCAUUUUGUAGUUUUACAUAUUCAAUAUAAUCAAAGGGAAGUGGUUGGAAUCCUGUUAACCAAAUGUUUUCCACAGUUUUAUACUGUACAUGUUCAAAGGUAACCUUUUUCUAAGGUGUUGUAAAUUAAAAUAUUAAUCAUACCUCAUGGUUGCAGUUUGUGGGAAUUUAUUUCAAAUCAAAUAGAUAUAGGUUGUGUGUGUUAUGAGCACAGUUUUUAUGCUCAAGUUUUACAUUCUCCUUUGUAUUUACAUUUUAGGCAUAUAGGUAUAUAUAUUUCAAUUUUCUUCAUAUAUUAGAUUUGGUAAGGCUAAGGAACCAAGUGUAGCUGCAAUAUAAAUGUUUCUUUUAAUUGGUAAUUGUUCUCUGUAUGUGUAUAUGUAUAUUGUAUAGUAUUAUUUAAAUCAUGAUCUUUAUUCAUGAUUCAGAAGCAACGUUUGUAAUUAGUAAGUAAUGUGGACCAAGUUUGUCAGUAGCUUUUACAUGAAUAUUAGUGUAAAUAUUUAAAGAGACAAUGAGAUUAGUUCGGUAUUAUUUAGCAUUAUUUAUCUCGUUAAUAUCUACCAACUUUAGUCUGAAAUUAGUUAUUAGUUAACCUAUUAAUGCCAGGUGGGCAUGUAUACAUAUCCUUCCUGCUUAUUUCAUUAAUUUUGUUCACAUAUAGAUGGCUUCACAAAGUGCAUAGUCCCCAAGGAAUCAAUUACCUAAGAGUAUUUGAUCUCACCUGUGUGGAAGGAAAAAUUAUUAUUUUUUGGCAUUGUUGGUGUAGUAAUAAUGUUAACAAUGGUAUUAGUAUUAGGAAUCAAACUUUUCCCAAAAAUGAAAGGAAUGGGGUGAAAAGAUAAGGUCAGAUAAGUCUAUUAAUUAACUUCAUUGUGAUGAAGUGCUUGUAAAGCCAUUUGUGUGUAAUCAAAAUUGACCAAACAAAACUGCAGUGGAGAAUGGGUUAAGUAGACUUGUUUGUACUGUAGUUCAACUCUAGUCAAAUUUAGUAUUAUCCCUUUUAAAUAGUACAGUACCAGUUGUUACUGAAAAUUUCUCUGAUAAUGUUUUAUCUCCAUGUGAUUACACAUUAUAUAUAUUGUCAUUAUACAUCAUUAGGGAAUAAGUUUUCCAAAUUAUCAUAUUAUUCUCAUAGAAAGAAAAAACAAGUAAAAAAUAUUCUUAAGGUUACUGGAUAAUAUACAGUCUUUCCUUGGUAUCUGCAAGGGAUACAGUUUGCAGAUUUUUUCCAGUUGCAGCACUGGCUGCUUGCUUAGGUUUGUACAGGUAUAUUACCUUUUUUUUUUUCUUUUUUAAGAAUUGUGUUGUAAUUACUCAACACAUUUACUUUGUCUCUCUCUUUUGCGGAGUGAUAAUACAAAGUAGUCAGUGUAUUAAGAAACAGAUUUUUCAACUCUGUAUUUUUGAUGUAUGUGAUUAACUUGUGGUUGUGAAGCUCUUUUACAUAACAGAAGAAAGAGUAUUUUGCUUUCUAAUUUUCAGAUAUAUGUUCCAGGUAAAUCUUCUAAGGAGUAACUAGUUGAAUCUCCAAACGUUUAUGAUGUACAGAUUUUGUCUAUUCUGAAUGCUAUGUUAGAUUUUGUAAAUCAUGAAGGAUUGAGACCUGUAAAUACUUAGUGUAUGUAUUGCUGUUUAUAUGAUUAUAAUUUUCAAUAUGUGCUGGAAGAGAGGGAAGUAAGAAGGCAAAUAGAUAUGUAAAAAUGCUAGUCAGAUCAACAGGUGCUCAUUUUGUAUGGAGAUAGUAUGGGAAAUUGGCACUGGUAUCCCCAAUUAAAGAAGAUUAAAUGUUAA